AUGUGGUUUUUUGGAGGAUCGACCAAGACAGACGGAGAGACGGUUGCCGUUGCGAGUGAAUCGUCUGAAAACAUGCCAGGAAGUAAUAUCACAAGAGACACAACACCGGCAGCAGUAUUACCGCAAUUUGAGCUGCCUGCAUUUGAUGCGUCCAAGCUACAUCCAUUAGCAGGCUUAGAUAAGGAGCUUGAAUAUUUAGAUUUGGAUGAUGAAAAAUUGAAUACUAUUGAAGGAACAGGUAAUGGUAUUUUGCCAUCUAGAGGUUGGAACGAUGAUUUAUGUUAUGGUACAGGUGUGCUCUAUCUUGGAGGCUUGGGGUUAGGUGGGUUGAUUGGUUUGAAUGAAGGUUUCAAGAACCUACCACCAGGUACAAAGGAUUUAACAACUGGAAAAAUCAAGCCAGCGCCAUUUAAACUGAAACUAAACACAGUUUUAAAUCAAGUCACCAAACACGGACCCCAUGUCGGUAAUUCUGCGGGUACUUUAGGCUUGCUAUACAAUGUCUUUGAUUCCAUUUUGGAUAGAUACAGGGGAAAACACGAUGAUUAUAAUUCCUUGGCUUCCGGAGCAUUGGCCGGCGCCUUCUUUAAGAGUACAUCUGGUCUAAAGGCAAUGACAUACAGUUCUGGUUUGAUGACUUUAGCAGCAGCUUGUUGGUGUGGUUUUAAGAGAGCAAUUAAUUAA